CCGAAUUUUCGGAGACCGAUUACAAAUACGGAAAUACCAGACAAAAUCUUCAACCAACAACUUGUAUUUUAAUUGUAUCAAAUAUAUUGGUAGAUACUGAACGAGGCACAGAGUGAACAGAACAAUACAGUUAGCAAGUUAAAUUUUUAUUUUUCGUUCUAUGGAGUUUUUGCAGUUUAUAUCAUGGGCGUGCAUCGUGUUUACACUUGGAAUGUUUUCGACAGGACUGACCGACCUGAAGAAAAUGAGGGCGACUCAGAGUGCAGAUAAUGUUCAGUUCCUGCCUUUUCUCACCACCUGCCUUAAUAACCUGGGGUGGCUCUACUAUGGGGUGCUGAAGAGGGAUGGCACCUUGGUCCUUGUCAAUACCAUUGGAGCAGCCCUGCAGGUCCUGUACAUCAUGGCCUAUUGUCAUUACACCAAAACUAAGAGGCGGGUGUCGGCGCAGACCCUGGCGGCCGGCGCGCUGCUGGGCGGGGCCUGGGUGUACUUCAGUGUGUUCCUCCCCGGCGGAGAGCGGCAGCUAGCCCAGCUGGGCCUCGCCUGCAGCGUCUUCACCGUCACCAUGUACCUGUCCCCGCUGGCUGACCUGGUGGAGAUAGUGCGCAGUCGGUCUGUGGAACGUCUCUCCUUCCCUCUGACUGUGGCCACGUUCCUCACCUCUACCUCCUGGACCCUGUAUGGGCUCCAGCUCCAAGACUACUACAUCAUGGUACCAAACACCCCUGGGAUUAUCACAAGUCUCAUCAGAUUCUUCCUGUUUAGGAGAUUUGCACCAGACAGUCAGGAUGUGGCCUCCUACAAACUGGUACAUAUGUGAAGGGGGUGGAGCUUAAGUGUCUUUUAUCUGUACAUAAAGACACUGCCACUUGGGAGCUUCCUGCCAAGGCCUUGGUUACAAACAAAGCAUUCUAUUUGCUAACAAGCUUCACUGUUUUAGCCAAUCUCUCUCAAGGGUUUUAGAAAUGUUUCUGUGUUCAUGAAUAUUCAUGAGCUGGCAGUAAAAACUUAAUAAAUAGAAUGCAUUGGGUAUUUGGGUGUUCUCAAUGUAAUGGUUCAUCUUAUGUGCACCUAUUUUAUACAGACAGAUCUAUGUAAAAUAUCACGGUACAAAUAUACAGUACACAACAGAAGUGAGUACACACCUGUGCAAUAUCACUUAAAUGUCAAAUGAUUUAAAAUUGUAUCACCUUACAGUAAUUGCAUUACUUCUAAGUUGAACAGUAGGGUAUUUGUAUUAAAAAUACAGGCCCCAGAGUAGGAACUCAAUGCAACAAAAGUCAGUACACCUUUCAUUACUGAGAUUCAAAUCUUUUAUUUUUUCAAUAUUUCGUAUGUCUACCUUUAUUUUUGAUGAUAGACUCAAUCCUCCUCGGCAUGGAGGAUACCAGUGUUGCACAAAUUUCUGGAGAGAUGUUCUGCCAUUCUUCAGAGAGAAUUUUUUUCAGCUGCUCUUUGCUGGAGGGGUUGUGUUGCUCUACCUUUCUCUUUAAAAUACCCCAAAGAUGUUCUAUUGAAUUCAAGUCAGGCGACAUACUUGGCAGGGUCAUAGUUAUCGCUUUUUUCUUCUUUAGAAACUCUUUCGUGAUUUUGGCAGUGUGCUUUGGAUCGUUAUCAUGUUGGAAUAUUCCUCUUCUGCCAAGCUUCUGGAGACUGGGAGUCAUCUUGUCAGCCAGUAUUUUGGUAUAUCCACAGGCAUUCAUGGUGCCAUCUAUAAAUGUCAUCUCCCCAACACAUUUUGCACUCAUGCAGCCCCAUAUCAUCACACUCCCACCUCCGUGCUUCACUGUCGGGACUAUGCAUUCACUGUGGUAGUCCUGGCCAGGUUCACACCAAACAUGCAGGACACCAUCUGAGCCGAACAAAUUUAUCUUGGUCUCAUCUGACCAAAGAAUGUGCUCCCAAUAUUUAUCAGGCUUUUCAUGUUCUUUAGCAAAGUUUAAUCUUGCAGUUUUGUGCCGAAGAGCAAGCAAGGGUUUUUUUCUUGGACGCCGUCCAUAGAGGUUGACGUUGUGCAGUGUCCUUCGCACCGUCUGAGCUGUCACAGAAACUCCGAUUUCCAUUGAUAACCCCUGUGCCAAGUCUGAAGCAGUUGCCCGUCUGUUUUUCAGAGCUAGAUUGUGCAAGCAGCGCACUGUCCGUGGCGUCAUUUUAGGAGGACGGCCACUGCGGCUCUGAUUAGUGGUACUAUGGCUCGUUCUAUACCUCCUGAUUACUGCUGCAGCUGUGUUUCGACUGAUUUUUAGUUGGUCACCGAUCUUCCUGUAUCCUUUUCCAUCUUUGUGAAGUCUCACAAUCAGAUUUUUAAAUUCCUCUGGCAAUUAUUUUCCAUGUGGAGCCAUGAUGCAGACAUGCAGAUAGACACAGCCCAUAGGUCCAAAAUUGAGAACGUUCCGGUGUUCACAGGUCAUUUUAUAACCAUGUUCAUGCAAUUAGGCUAAUUGGAAAUCGCACAUGUACUCAAUUUUGUUUCAAUGAUCACAGGUUUUCUAACUUGUGUGUCAGUGAUCACAGGUGUAUUCACUUUUGUUGCAUUGAGUUUCUACUUUGAAGUCUGUAUUUUCAAUAUAGUCUUUCUAAAGUAUUUGUUUUUGGUUGUUCAUAAGAGGAAAUACUCUACUUGUCAACUUAGAAAUAAUGCAAUUAUUGAGAGGUGAUACAAUUUUGAAUCAUUUGACAUUUAAGUGAUAUUGCACAGGGGUGUACUCACUUCUGUUGUAUACUGUAUAUAAAUGUAUAAAAAGAAUCGUUGUGAUUUUUUUUUAUAAGUGAACCUCAUCAAAAUGAAAAUAAAUUUUAUACUUCAUACAA